AUGUGGUACCAAACAGAGCGCAACAGUGACACAAUUGCCUCACCUCGGUCUCCCCACACGACGCGAUGGGUCGUCUUCUCCGCACAUCGUCCAGCGUCGUCGUUGCGUCCAUUUCAAUCCAUGCGCCGACACAAUUGUUGCCGGCCUAUUUGUCCAUUCUCCUCCUCUUUGUCUGUCCCUUUGUCUACCGCCCUGUGCGGUUGUCUGACCUUAAGCCGUCACGCAUACCAUCAGCCCUCUUCGGCCAAUAUCCAGCCUCAGCACAUUCCAGAUCACCACCUCCGUCGUGUAGUUUCAUGA